ACGCAACAGGUUGUCAAGCGCUCUUUGUUUUCUUUCCUCUGCACAUUGGUUAACACUUCAUUGCAGAAAAAUAUUCAUAUAUACCAAUGUUCAUAUAUUUUAUACUCAUGGAGCAAAUUGAAUAUAUGUUAAGGUCCUUCAAAUAACUAGUCUCUGCGACAUACGUUUAUCACCUCAUUAGCUAGCCUCUAUAAUUUUUCGAGGGAUAACGUGGAUAUUAAAGUUUUCCUAGCUAACGUUAACGUCGUUUAGCGAGCUAGCUAAGUUCUCUAACACUCUUCAACAUGGACUUGUAUCACGUUUUGGAGAUGAUAGGAGAGGGCUCGUUUGGACGAGUGUAUAAAGGACGUAAAAAGUUCAGUGGCCAAGUCGUGGCACUAAAGUUUAUCCCCAAGGUGGGUCGUUCUGAGAAGGAGCUGCGCAAUCUCAAAAGGGAAAUUGACAUCAUGAGGGGACUUCAACAUCCGAACAUUGUCCUGCUCUUAGACAGCUUUGAGACUGAACGAGAGGUUGUUGUUGUGACAGAGUAUGCAGAGGGAGAGUUGUUCCAGAUCCUUGAAGAUGAUGGGAACUUACCAGAGAGCCAGGUUCGUGAUAUUGCCUGCCAGCUGGUCUCUGCCUUGUAUUAUUUGCAUUCCCAUCGGAUUCUCCACCGUGACAUGAAACCACAGAACAUUCUGCUGGGCAAAGGAGGGGUGGUGAAGCUGUGUGAUUUUGGAUUUGCAAGAGCAAUGAGUGUGUCCACCCUGGUCCUGACCUCCAUCAAGGGGACGCCCCUCUACAUGUCCCCAGAACUGGUAGAGGAGAAGCCCUACGACCACACAGCCGACCUCUGGUCUCUGGGCUGCAUCCUCUAUGAGCUCCACACGGGGGUGCCACCCUUCUACACUAACUCCAUCUUUCAGCUGGUCCAGCUCAUAGUCAGAGACCCGGUCAAGUGGCCGGACACCAUGAGCCAGACCUGCAUGACUUUCCUGAAAGGUUUGUUGACCAAAGACCCACAGAAGAGGUUGUCGUGGCCACACCUCCUAAAACACCCAUUUGUUGCUGAUGGAGUUCUAGUUCUCUCAGACCCCGUUGUGUCCAGCCCGCUGACAGUGCCCCCCAGCCCAGACCUGCAGGUGCUAAAACUCCAGCAGGCAGUGCAGAAAGCAGCGCCACAUGGUGGAGAGGGGAGAUUACUGCGCAAGGCCAGGGAACAGAGGGACAAGAGAAACAGACAGGUGGGAAACGGAAAGACUGAAUCAUCUAGUCAGGCACCUUCAAGGACAGCCCCUGCAGUGAAGCCCCUGUCCAAAGACAGCCUGGUGGCUCCCUCAGAUGGUUUGGAUCAAGAUCUGUCACAAUUAACCGCCAAUCUGAGCCUUACCCCAAAACAGUCUGCCAUCGAGAUUUCCACUAACAGCAGGGGUCAGAUCAGCCGGGACUACGAACAGGAGUUCCCCUCCGUGGAGGUUGGGCCCCGACAGGCCCUGAGGCGACCUGAGACUCCGGAGCGGGGUCAGGCCAGGACCAGCCUGGGUGCCGUGAGGCUCCACAGCCAGGAUGUUGACAGUGAUGAGGAGUGGGAGAGGUUGAUCCAGCAGACCUCCGUUUCCAGCGGCCAAACCAUUCAAAUCAUACCUCGAUUGAAAGAGAAGUUGCUGACAUCCAAAACCCUGCUAUUGGAUGGUAUCCUGGAGGGGGCAUGUCAGAUCCGUCAGCCACUGAAGGUCCUGUCCAACCUGAUCUUGACCUCUGACUCCGAGGACUCCCAUCGACUUAGACAGGAAGUUGGACUACCUCAUUUCCUGUUCAACCUAGUCCAGGAUAUUGUGGAGAAUCCAGUGGUCGUUAAGCAACCAUGGAGUGUGACAGUACUGGGGGAAGUGAUUGUUCUACUCUUGAACUAUUGGGAGAAGCACCGUGACUGGCAACAAGCAGAGAACAAACUGGAAGAUUACGCCGUGCCCUUUUUCAAGAUUCUGCUUCGGCCUGACCCUAACCCAUUGGCACCUCUGGCUGCAGCCAUUCUGGCCAUAUUCAGCCAGUGUGGAGUCUCUGUGGUUGUUAGCAUGGACAAGAUCACUGCUCAGCUCAACAAGCUUCUCUCAGACUCCGACGAGCCACGCGUCCCGUUACCAUCAGGCUGGGGGUUCUGUGAUGGCUUCUUGUCAUUGGUUCUCCACACCCUAACUGAGCAUGAAAGCCCUCCACACUCUGCUUCUUUGGAUCCAAGCGUUCUGCGCCUCCUGUGGGUGAAAGUUGGUACUUCACUUGAGAAAACAUCAGCCAGAACAAAGUUCUGCUCCUCAAACGGACUGUAUGUGUUCCUGUCCCUCGCCCUUUUUGUCCUUACCAGGGACCCGUACUGCUGUGUUCCCUUGUUCUCAGACAGCGACACAAACUGCAUACUCACCCUGGGCCACCUGCUCACCACUGAUUGGCCAUCUGACGAGACUCACGGCCAGCUUUGGGGUGGUGACUCCAGUGGGAACAGCCUAUCAGUGUUGAGCUGCCACCUGCUGUGUUUCCCCUUUGCCCUGGACCUGUCCUCAGAGACCAUGGACAGACUACUCCAGCUGUACCACAGCGCUGGCAUUGUCACUGGCCUGCUGCAGGUUAUCCAGUCCGUUCCUCCGUCUCUCCUGGAACUGCCUCUCUCUCUGCUGUGUCGCCUGCUGCUGUGUGACCCCGGCCGCUCUGUCCCCUGCUUCACAGCAGCCGCCAGGGCCCAAGGCUUCUUCUCUCCACCCAGCAGUGACCCCAAGGAGGAUAGAAGAGACCAGGCACCAGCCUCCAGGGUCACGGACCAGGCUGGGCACCCAGUGUCUGUAUCUAGGACUGCCAGCUCCCUUCUCUCUGACCUGCUAAAGCCUGAUAGUGAAGCCCUAUGGGGGUCGGCCGUGGAGCUCUUCACCCUACUAUCCCAGGCUGCCCGCUGUUCCCCUAGGUCCCGACCCUCCACCCCUCAUCUCCACCUGGAGCCUGCUCCCCUGCACCAGGCCCUGGCUCACCCAGACGACAGGGUCAGAGCUGCUGCCUGUAGCCUGCUAGGUAACCUGGACCCGUUUACACCUCAUACUCCUCCCUCCACCAGUGACCCACAAUGGACCCGGCUGCAACCCGCCAUCCUCAGAGACAUAAUUGGCUGUCUCCACGACCCCUCCGCGUCCGUACGGAGGAUGGCCUGCAAGGCCGUGGGCAAUUGGCUGGGGCUCAUCGGAAAGGCAGAGUUUAGAACGCGGAGAGCCAAUGGGAGAGAGAACAGUAGUGCCCCUAUUACAGCCCGGGAAAGGAAGAAGGGCAAGCCAGACAAGACUGUGUCCUCCCAGUUCCUGGUAGGAGACGGAGGAGACUCAUCCACAACACUCAAACAGCAAGUAGCAGACCAGGAGGAUGGAAGUGGAUGGGUGGAGGAAGCCAAUUGGGCAACAACUGAGCUACUCUCCCUCAUGGCGGACCCUGAUGCCCUGACGCGCCGCCACUGCUGCGCUGCCCUGGGCAACAUGGCUGCUGUGGAAGGGGGUGUGGCCUCACUGCUGGAGGGAGACGUGCCCCUUCUCCUCCUACAGGCCGCCUGUACCGACUCCCAGCAUGCAGUCCAACGAGCGGCUGUCGCUACCCUGAGCUUAUACAGCCAACAGGACGCACUACGACAGGCUCUGCUGUCCCUCGAUGCACGUGAGAAACUUCGUCAGGCUUCGCAGCAUGUCGCACCUCCACAGUGUGACUACAGUCAGAUCAUCAAGCUGCUAUGAAGGCCAACGCAGCGAGUGAGAGAAAUAGUGUGUGUCUAUUUGAAAAUGACAUGCUCGGGAGUGAAUACUGGGUCCAUCUCACGUGGAAUGACUGGUUGCACUUGUUUGAAAAAUGUAUACAUGUAUAUGCUACAGGUAUGUAUGUCAAAGAAAAUCGUGUCGUGUAUAAAAAAUUGCUUGCCCUCCAUAACAAAAAUAUAGACAAGUGUUUUUGGCCUUACCCUCCGAGGAGCAGAUUGAUAAAGCAAUAAAACGUUAAAUAUA